UGUUAUUCAGGUGCUCAAUCAUAACAACUGCACCCAAACUUUUUCUGAGAUAUGUUUUUCUACCUGGAUCAUCCCUGGAGCUGCAUCUUAACAUCAUCAUUCAUCGGUACUUGUGAAAGAGAAAUGCUUUUGACAAGAGCUCAGAUGUGGAGUUUGCACAUUUUCCCAUUCACCAUGUGGAUUUCCUGUGGGCGCUAGUAAAGAUGACACUAAAUUGAGUGGAAAAGCAAACUGUGCAGAGGAUCCAGAAAGUCUGCAGAGAUAUGGGCAGGUUACAUGAGAGGACCAGAGUCUGGUAAACGGAGUACAAUAUAGGUACUUCGGCGUAAGGACACAAAAUGAGCCUGCGAAAGCAAACGCCCAGUGAUUUUCUAAAGCAGAUUAUAGGGAGACCUGUGGUGGUCAAGCUGAACUCGGGUGUGGAUUACCGAGGUGUUUUAGCUUGUUUGGAUGGGUAUAUGAACAUCGCUUUGGAACAAACAGAAGAAUAUGUAAAUGGUCAACUUAAGAACAAAUAUGGAGAUGCAUUUAUUCGAGGCAACAAUGUGUUGUACAUAAGUACACAGAAGAGAAGACUUUAGGUGUUGUAUACUGAAUGUUUUUUUAUGUAACACUGAUCUUUAGCUUUUUUGAACAUUAUUUGUCUACACAUGGUUUCUUGAAUAAGAAUGAUUUUUUUUUAUACCAAAGUAUGUAUCUUAGUUUGGUUUACCAGAUAGUAGCUGUGAUGUAUAUGUCAAACACGUGUUAUUCAGGCAAGCACUGUCCUGUUUUGGAAAUGUUGUAUAAAAUUAAAACAAACAAUAUGUUUUGAGAGAAGCUAAUAUAGUGCUGAAAAUAUUGUGAAUAAAGGACUUGAAAUACAUGUACUUUGUUAAAAUUCAAUAGCAUA